AUGGAUACUGGCCCAUCAACGACAAACAACGACACAGGGAUGUGGCCGAAACUGAAGAGAGUCUCCCGCCUGCUGUUGGAGAUGAUGCCGUCUCGUGCCGCCAUCGAAUUUCUCGAUAGUCACAGCUCGCCUUGGAUCUGCCAACUUCUUCGCCCUCUUCCAUCUCUCAAGCAAUCCAAUAAAUUUUCGCUACUCAAAACGAUGCCACUCGAGUCGUCAACGCUUAGCCACCCCACGACCAUAGCGAGAGCUUUGAUGUGCAUUGUCAUGUGUCUCCAGCAGCUGCCCCAGCAUGUCGACAUCACGCAACUCCGGCUGCCGUUGCCACGGAAAGAAUACAUGGAGUCUCUUGCUUCGAUUAUAAUCUCCUUGGUUGCCUCCGAUGACGAGAUUAUCGCCACGUCCGAGGGGCUUGAAUGCCUUUUGCUUCUUUCCAUCUACUUUGUUAACUCGGGUAGACCUCGUCGCUCAUGGCUCAAUAAUCGAAGGGCGUUGUCAAUCGCACAAUUAAUGGAUCUCCACAGAGUAUAUUACAAAGCUGUUGACGAUGACAGAAAUAACGAACAAGUCAACAUGGCGGACCUGUGGCCUCACAUCGUCCACUACGAUCGGCACCUCUCCCAGAUUCUCGGAUUUCCGUGCGGAGUGGUGGAUACAAAUGAAGCCCUUGCUCCAAGCAAUCUCAAACUCAUGCAGCAUUUGGAUCAACACAAGCUAGAUGCCCUCUAUCUUGCACAACUCGACCGCAUCGCCGCACUCUUGAUCGAAAGAGAACAGGGCUCUUCAAGGCUAGCAAUGGCUCUAACACAAUCCAUCGACAAUGCGCUUCUGAGUCUGGCCACGUCUGUGCCGCAAUCAUGGUGGCAUCCCUCUGACAGACUUUCAGGGACACAGGUAGAGGCAAUGGAGAUGCUGUACGCCCGAUACAACAUGCAACUGUGGCACCACCAGCUUGAAAUGUCCAAUCAUUUGCCGUUUAUGCUUGACACAUCAGAAGAACGACAGACCGAAUACAGCAGGAUUGCGUGCCUCAAAGCCGCGCGACAGCUCAUUCAAGUCUAUCUCCCACUCCGAACGACGUUUGGCAUGUUCUCGUGCUGUACGACGAAUUUCCAGGCAUUUACGGCCGCCGUGAUUCUCAUCUUCAACAUGUUUCUACGGUCGCCGGCUGUUGAAAUGGAGACCGUAUCUGGCCGUACAGAGAGGGACUGGGGUUUGGUCGCCGAUGUGAUCGGAGUUCUGGAUGCGGCGGUUGAACGGUUUGACGACAGAGUCGCUCUGCAGGCGCGCGACGUUUUGAAGCUUCUCCAAGCCAUUGAAAAGGAGCCAAAGACAUUGCAAGGCGACAAGUUUCACUUUACGAUACCUUACUUUGGAAUUAUUUCCAUUGCGCGAAAGAGUCGUGUCGGGGACCAGGGCGGCGGCCAACAAAUCGCCGGUGGUGCUGGGGAGAACGCCGGCCAGUUCGUGGCCCAAGGGACGACGUUCCACUUGGACUAUUCGCCGACCUUUAUGACGACGAUUGACUUUAUGGGGCCGAGCACGGCGGCUGAUGUUGACGAGCUGAUGCAACAGUGGCUGGUGGAAGACAUGUAA